AUUGCUUUGGCCGAUGGCUGACACAAAUAAAGAUUCAUUCAUUCAUUCCCCACCUUGGGGGCCACCGUCCCUCAGCCUAACCUACCUCACAGGGUUGUUGCCGGGAUUGAAGGAGAAGGGGUGGACUUUGUACACCACCUUGAGCUCCUCGGAGAAAAAAAGUGAGAGAUAAAUGCAGUGAAUGAAUCAAUGAAUAAAAAGUUGGUUUCUCCUACAGCAAAUGGUUGAAAUCUCAGUGCAUGUGGGUGGGGUGUAAAGGGGUUGCUGUGUCUGGGGAAUGGAGGGACUCUUGUAGUAAAGGCACACCCUCCUCUCAGUUUUUUGUGCCCGGAAAUCCCACGGAGGUGAAAGUGUGAUGUGGGGCAGUUGCAGAGGCGCUCCUGCACCCCAGAGGUCUUUGCAAUGCUCAGAGCCAGGCUCUCCACAUGACUUACCAGGCGGGCUCACAAACCGGCAGCAAGAGGAGAAGGGCCUCCUUCCUCUGUUCAGGCUCGGAGCAAGUGGCGGAGGAUUUGGCUGUGGCGCUGGCAGCCUGUUGAGUUUCUCUCUGCCAUGCCAUGUGCUUUUUCCACCCCUCACAACGGCUGCUGCCCAACCGUCUCCUCCCAUGUCACUGCGACCAAAUUAACCCAGGGCUUGCAGGUCAGUUCCUGUGUCCAUCUGCCUCCCUCCCUUUUAAAUAGUUGGGACUGUCCAAGGCUGGUCUGGAAGCAAUACGUAGCCUUGCAUCCCAAGGGGCUGGAAUGGCAGGCCUGCUUUGUAAAAAACGCAAGAAAACGGGAGUGACUGACCUGCAAGAAGAGGGUAAAAAUGCCAUCAAUGCGCCGAUGUCCCCUGCUGUCCCGGAUCUGCACCCGGAAGAUACUUUACUCGAGGAGAAUGAAGAACGCACCAUGAUUGAUCCCAACUCAAAGGAGGAAGCCAAAUUUAAAGAACUCAUCAAGGUUUUAAUUGACUGGAUAAAUGAUGUCCUGGUUGAAGAAAGAAUCAUUGUCAAGCAGCUUGAGGAGGAUGUCUAUGACGGGCAGGUGCUACAGAAGCUCUUGGAGAAACUAGCUGGCCGUAAGCUGAACGUGGCCGAAGUGACGCAGUCAGAAAUAGGCCAGAAACAAAAGCUGCAGACUGUCCUGGAAGCUGUCCACGAUUUACUGCGACCCCAUGGCUGGGCUAUCAAGUGGAAUGUUGACUCGAUCCACGGCAAGAACCUGGUGUCCAUUCUCCACCUGCUGGUAGCUCUGGCGAUGCAUUUCAGGGCUCCCAUCCGACUUCCUGAACAUGUUUCUGUGCAAGUGGUUGUUGUAAGGAAGCGGGAAGGUCUUCUCCAGACAGCCCAGGUCACAGAAGAACUCACCACCACCACCGAGAUGAUGAUGGGUCGAUUUGAACGAGAUGCUUUUGAUACCCUCUUUGACCACGCUCCAGAUAAACUAAGUGUCGUAAAAAAGUCCCUGAUCACUUUUGUGAACAAGCACCUAAAUAAACUUAAUCUGGAAGUGACAGAAUUAGAAACCCAGUUUGCAGAUGGCGUCUACCUGGUGUUGCUGAUGGGUCUCCUCGAGGACUAUUUUGUUCCGCUCCACCAUUUCUAUUUAACACCUGAAAGUUUUGAUCAGAAGGUUCACAAUGUUUCCUUUGCUUUUGAACUGAUGCAGGACGGAGGGCUGAAGAAGCCCAAAGCUCGACCAGAAGAUGUUGUCAACUUGGACCUGAAAUCUACCCUAAGAGUUUUGUACAACCUGUUUACAAAAUACAAGAAUGUUGAAUGACUUGGAGACCUCCCGAGACUCUAAUCUCCGCAGCAUCUUUUUAGCGUGGAGAGGAGGAAAGAGACCUUCCCUUUUUCUUCCUUCUGUGCCAUUUGCUGUGCUCCCUGGUGCAUGAUGGUGCCUCUUCUUUUAUUAGCAUUAUCUGCCUGUAACUCUUCUAUGCUUUGAACCCACUUUGAAAUGUAGCUUUAAUUCCUUGAACUACCCACAGUGUGCCUGUUGCUUCUAGAAGGCUCCCAUGUGUUGCAUUCAACACAAACACCUUCUUCCAUUAGUGUAGAUUGCAGUUAGGAUGAAUUCUGGUGAUGAGAAGAUUUGAAGUGGUUGAUGAAGGAGUGCUAGGGUGCCUUUUAUCCAGGUAAUGGGCUUCUGGGUCCUUCUCUCUAUUUCAACUCUCCAGUGAACCCACUAGGAGGCUUUAGGCUGGCCACUCUCAGGGUCCACAUAUGCAAUAAAGAGAUAAUCGUAAUCAUACUUACAGGGUCAUUGUAAGUAAACACUGAGAUCAUGAAUGGGAAGCACCUUGAAGACUUCCAAGUGCUAUAGGAAUGCUAACCAGUAAGUAGCUGCAUUUUCCUGUCUCCAGGAUAUACUGUUGACGCAUAUAAAAAGGUAUGGGUGAAACCGAUGUUGGUUGGAGUGUGGAAUUUAAUUCAUUUUCAAAUGUGUGCAGCUAUGAGGUAGGAAGUAGCCGUAAUCUGUUUGUGAAAGGACCAUUCUCUCCUUCCAACUUCCAAACUUUCAGAGGGGUGCGUGCAUCUCCUCUGCUCCCUCCUUUACACCCCGAUUUCAGACAUACGUACCCCAACCUACAGCGGGUGGCACUGUGGGUUAAACCACAGAGCCUAGGGCUUGCCGAUCAGAAGGUCAGCGGUUCGAAUCCCCGCGACGGGGUGAGCUCCCAUUGCUUGGUCGCAGCUCCUGCCAACCUAGCAGUUCGAAAGCACGUCAAACUGCAAGUAGAUAAAUAGGUACCGCUCCGGCGGGAAGGUAAACGGCAUUUCCAUGCACUGCUCUGGUUCGCCAGAAGCAGCUUAGUCAUGCUGGCCACAUGACCCGGAAGCUUUCCCGCGGCUCCCACGGCCAAUAAUGCGAGAUGAGUGCCGCAACCCCCAGAGUCGGUCAUGACUGGACCUAAUGGUCAGGGGUCCCUUUACCUUACCGCAACCCUAUUCAUUAAGCCACUGUACAGCUUAAUUCAUAAUACGAUCUCUUUUCAAUUAUAUUUUGUUAUUUUGAGAUUGUGCCCUGGAACUCUUCUAUGUAACUUUUGGAGUCCUUGUCUACCUUUCUGUCUUACCCUCCUACCAUUCAGUAUUAUUGCCACUAAAUACACUGUGAAUCUCAGAUGGAAUGGCUGCCUGGAGUUUUUGGUGUGCUUUGGUUAUAUCCAAUGAAAUGCCGAUCAUGCAUUGAUGAUGGGCGAAUGUGUCGAAAACAAACCUCCCUACUUUGCUGGUUUUCAAACAGGGUUUUGGAAGCUCAUGAGAGGGUCUUCAGUGAUGGAUGAGAUUCCCUGAAAAGCAGGUUGCAUACCAUUUAACUGCUCAAAUCUUCUGGGGAUGGUUUGGGGGUGUUUUCUAGGGUGCACUUUCAAUAAGCUCAGUAGGCUGACUGAUGCCUUGGGUAAACUGGCUGCACUAAAAUACAACCUGGAAUCUUUUCAGGAGUGUUUAUUUGCUUUGAGAAUAUUCAGAUAUUGGAACAUGGACUGUACAUUUUUCAGAAAUAAGUUGUUCCCUGAGGUAAACUGCUUGAAAAUUGCUGUCAGAGAGCAGUCUCCCCCAACUUGAUGCCUUCUGGAUUUUUCUAGACUGCAAUUCCUGUCUGUCCCAGGCACUGUGGACCCUGGUCAAGGAAGUAGGAGGAUGCAUUCCAAAAACAUAUGGAGGGCACCAGGAUGGGGGAAGACCCACACAGAGCAUUGUGGGGCUGAAUGAG